CUCACAGAGUUGCGCAAAAAAAAUUAUUCUCUCUUCUGUGUUUCAGAUAAGGCUAUCUCCACCGUCAGGGCAGUGGCACGCACUUGCAGACUGUCAUCAAUGCGACUACAGCCUGCAAUCUUACAUCCAUAAUUCACGAAGCUAUUAGAAGAUAUAUGAUUUUUUUGAUGUUAUGGGCGGAUCUGCGCGUUCAUGGCUCCAGGGUCACACCUUCUCCAGCCAGCUGUGUAUGAACACGACGGGUCUCCGCUGACUGUUAACAGCCGCUGACCGACAGUAACCCUCCCAGCGACGACGUUAAGUGAGGGAGAAGAAGAAAAAUUGGGCAAUUUAAACAGCUUUAAUUGGAGAACUUGACAGCGCCUUUUAACAAAUGCAGGGUCCUCCACUGGGCAUGCUCCAUCUGAUCUGAGAGAGGAGCUGAGCGCCGUGUGAAUAACCGGCAGUUUGGGCGUUUUUGAGGAGGUUUUUGUCGCCCUCUUAUCUCUGAUUUUUAUAUAUUUAUUUCUGUUUAACCACGCAGCACAGAAAAGAGAAAAGCUCCCUUCAAAUAGACUGACUUCUUAUGAGCAAUGCAUGACUGAAAGAGAAAGUCUGGGAGCAGGAGAGCAUCUCUCCGCUGAGACAAAGACCUGCUGUACAGUGGUGGUGUGUCGUUAAACGCAGAGAAGGAGCGUCGGUGUGAAGGAGGCGAGUCUGUAGGCAGCAACAGAGGAGGGACUGAAGUCUCCAUCGGGAGCUGACGGACAGGCGCUGUCCGCUCAGCACCACCGCAGUCACCUUGCUGUGAAAGUCAUAAACCUGCUCAGGACUGAUCUGAUCAAUUACCGCAACUUGGGGAGUCCAAUGAGCUGGGGGUUUUCUGCUGGCGGGGGGACAUUUACCAGCGUCUGUCCUUUUAUCUCGACAUCUUGGAUUUUCUGACGAUGUGACGUCUAUUCUUAAUAUGAUUGGUUGCAAUUAUUUUAGACUUCGAUUCAAUACCCCCCAUUGAGUCUAGCAGCUAUCAGCGUUUUUCAUCCUCCAGUUGCAUGGCAGGUGAUCGUAGAAAAAACAGGGUUUAGAGGGGAUGCAGCCUGAUGCGUGUCAAGCAUUUCUUUCGUAGUUGCUGAGAAACGACAGGUUGCUGUGUGCGCUGCUUUCCCUCAAGUAAUUGUUUAUCACCGCUGUGUAUGGUUGCACGGGGCGCCUAGACUUACCUUUGCGAUGAAGGGAACUUAUUGGAGAAAUGCCUAAGGGACGCAAUGGGCCUGAGCGACGACAAGGAUCGCAUUGUGAUAAACGUGGGAGGGAUCAGACAUCAGACAUACCGCAGCACCCUGCGCACCCUACCUGGCACUCGCUUGUCCUGGCUGGCCGAGCCUGACGCACCUAACCACUUUGACUAUGAUGCCAAGAUCGAGGAAUUUUUCUUCGACCGCCACCCUGGCGUUUUUGCACACAUCCUUAAUUACUACAGAACAGGUAAGCUGCACUGCCCUGCUGAUGUCUGCGGGCCCCUCUAUGAGGAGGAACUGGCCUUCUGGGGCAUUGAUGAGACAGACGUGGAGCCAUGCUGCUGGAUGACUUAUCGGCAGCACCGGGAGGCAGAGGAGGCCCUUGAUAGUUUCGGCGGGGGGGGGUUGUUAGACCUGGCGAGCGAUGAUCCGGAGCCAGAGCAAGAGCACGCUGAGGAUGAUGUGGAUGAAAUGACAAGGAGGCUGGCGCAAGGAGACACUCAUGAUACCAGGAGUGGAAGCCUGUGGAGCCGGUGGCAGAAACAUGUUUGGGCUCUGUUUGAGGACCCUUACUCCUCUAAAUAUGCAAGGUGGGUGGCUCUGGCCUCGCUGUUCUUUAUUCUGGUGUCCAUCACCACCUUCUGUCUGGAGACCCACGAGGCCUUCAACCCCAUCAUCAACCGAACUGAGCUGGAGGUGGUGGACAACGUCACAGUGGAGCACACCUACCAGGAGACUGAGACUGCGCUCUACCUCACCUACAUUGAAGGGGUUUGUGUGGUGUGGUUCACUUUUGAAUUUCUAAUGCGAAUAACUUUCUGCCCGAAUAAAUUUGACUUCAUUCGAAACGCCCUAAACAUCAUCGACUUUGUGGCCAUCCUGCCCUUCUACCUGGAGGUUGGCCUCAGUGGGCUCUCUUCAAAGGCAGCUAAGGACGUGCUGGGUUUCCUCCGAGUUGUCCGCUUCGUGCGGAUCCUACGUAUCUUCAAGCUGACCCGUCACUUUGUGGGACUGAGGGUGCUGGGCCACACGUUGAGGGCCAGCACCAAUGAGUUCCUGCUCCUCAUCAUCUUCCUUGCUCUCGGUGUCCUCAUCUUUGCUACUAUGAUCUACUACGCAGAACGGAUUGGAGCUAACCCCAACGACCCUCGAGCCAGCGAGCACACACACUUCAAGAACAUCCCGAUUGGAUUCUGGUGGGCCGUGGUGACCAUGACGACCCUCGGCUAUGGAGACAUGUACCCCAAGACGAUCUCCGGUAUGCUUGUCGGAGCCCUGUGCGCUCUGGCAGGUGUGCUGACCAUUGCCAUGCCUGUCCCUGUGAUUGUCAACAACUUUGGAAUGUAUUACUCCCUGGCCAUGGCAAAACAGAAACUACCAAAGAAAAAAAAUAGGCAUAUCCCUCGGGCACCCCAACCAGGUUCUCCAAACUUCUGUAAGUCAAGCAUCAGCUCCCAACCUCAGAGCCCCAUCCCCCAUGACGACGUUUUCGAGAUAAAGUUUCAAGAUUCCAAGCUGAACGGUGAGGCAGCUAACGCAGCUCUGGCCAACGAAGAUUGCCCUCAUAUAGACCAGGCCAUAUCUCCAGAGGAAAUCUUCAGCCCUAGCGAGAGAGAGCGGCCCUGCUUCCUGGUCACCACUGCUGAACGCCCUAACCACACAGGGGGCAGAGUGAGGAGGGGUUAUGAAAAGCCUUGGAGCCUUAACAGCAUGUCUGGCAUGAGCGGGGAUGCCUCUGGAGUGUCCUCAGUGUCCGCCCUGCCCUGCAGCCCACCCUGUCUAAUGCAGCACUCACAUUCUCCCAUCCCAUCCAUUAUGUAGCAUGGUUGAGUAGCAGACACAAUGCCAUUGGAAGGCCAGUCCUCACACUCCUGCUUUUGUUCAUUUUUAUUUGUUUAUUUUUCUGGAAAACUGUAUUUUAACUGUGCUAAUACUCAAGCCUCCCAAGUGUUCUCCUUGGGUGUGUCAUCAUAUCCUAGACUAGAAACCAUUGGCACAUGCCACUCUGCAUGGGUCACCUCAGUUGCAGACAAAGCACUGUUCUACUUGUACUACAGGCUAACCCCACUCUUUCCCUGUGUUUACAUCAUUGCCUGUUGCUCUGUUGCUUUUGAUCUCGCAUACUAUUCUGCCAAUAACUUUUAUCUCAUCUGCUUUUUACAAUUUUGUGAAAGACAUUUUCAUUUUUUAAACAUAUCCAAAAGGUAUCAUUACCAGCUGUUAAGGGAACUCCUCUUAAGUGCUUUGUACGUUGCAAAGUAGAGACGUUAUCAUUCUGAAGUGCAGUCCAGACCAGACUCAAUGUAAUCUGAGUGGCCAUCAAAAAAAAAAAAACAAACAAGAAAAAAUUGAACAUUAUGUUCAUGAUUGUCCAGUGCAAUAUGGAGAUGAUGACAAUUCCUAUGAUACUAGUGAUGAAUACAUCUAAUGUCAACGGAACUUUUUCAUUUGCAUGAACUGCAUGAGAAAACAUUAAGUUCAACAAGAAGCUAAUUGUAUUGCAGUACAUGUAAGAAAAAAACAUUUUUCUUUCAAAAGCUUUAAAGCUUUGUCAUUUUUUAUGCAUUUUCAGACAGCUUUACAAGAGACUCAGUCAUAGCAGAGGUUUUUAUGUAGCUGCCAUUCUUUGCCUUUCCCCAAAUUCUUAUAUUUAUUUUGUUGUAUUUAUUUGACUGGGGCCUCCAACUAAAAUAGUGUGAUUUAACUUGAACAAAUUGUCAUAAAGCCAACUAAUGCUGUUAUGAGCAUAAAUAGUUUUUAUACAAAUAUAUUUACUGGUAGUUGUGAGUUUUUAAACCGUAUCUGUAGUCUGCAGCAACUGUUAUUACUGCUGCGAUGCCUAAAUUAAGGCAAGACUCAUGAAUUAUAAAACAACGGUGCCUUCAUACCUGGUGAGGCAAAGUAAAAGUGAGUAAUAAAUUGACAUAUUACGCAAGUGCUCCCAGUGUAGCAUCAGUACACUUUAUAUCAUGCUCAUAACAGUGUAACGAAAGCUUUAUUUAUAAAGGUGCACCUUGUACCUUGUGCACCACCCUAGUACCCGCACUCAUAGUAAAAAUACCUUCUUGGUUACUAUUGUUACACCAUCCAACACAUUCUAGGAUUUCCCCCACAGCUGAAAUAUUGACUUUAUACAGUAGUCCCAUCUCAAUUAAAGUUUUGUAUGAUAAAGCACAAAAUAUUAUUAACGGGGACCAGGCAACUUUACAGAGCCAAAAUAUGUUGAGUUAUGAUCAGCCAGAGGUGUCAUGAUGACUCCUACAAUAUGUAUGUCUGUUGAUUUAAAACAUCAAUACAGUUACUGUUAAAUGUAUUGAUCCUGUCCCAAGAAUUAUGCACAAUUUUUUCAGGGCACUUUAACAGAUUUUAUGUUGACCAAUCAGAAAUGUUAAUUUCUAGAAGAAGAUAUCAACUCAUCUACGUUUUGUUUUUAUUCUUAAUGAGCAGAGUUCUACAUUUUGAGUCUUGUCUCCUGUGGUAAUUAAUGGACGUUAUAUAUUUAGAAAAAAAACUUGUGAAGAUUUGAUGUGAAAAGAUGCAGGUGAAUUAUAUGCUCAUGCAA